GCCACAAGGCGCCAAUGGUAGCUAACGGCCCAACAUUAAGCAGGAUUCAUUUUCGCGAGGACACCUCUGAUCGGCGUUGGUGGAAAGUUGAUUUGCCGCCGUGCUUCCAUGCCUUUGAAAAUGAAGAUUUGAUUCACACAGAUUGAAUCCUCCCUCCCCUUUAUCUUCAUCUCCCCACAUCCUCACCGCUGUCCAAUGCCGCAAGAUGAAAAUUUUGACAGCCAUUGUCAUCCCCAGUGAGUUCUUGCUUAAUCGCCUAUGCAAGCAUUUAUCUUCCUCAGCCUCUCUUCCCCAACCUCUUACUGUAGACCCAGAACCAUCGGAUCUCUCAUUUCAUCUCUUCUCAAUACUAUCGCGCCCUAAUUGGCAAAAUCACCCCGUUCUCAAGAAUUUACUUCCUUCUGUAACCCCUUCUCAUGUUUCUAGAAUUCUCAAUCUCGAUCUCAACCCCCAAACUGCCUUAGCUUUCUUCAAUUGGAUUGCCCGUAGGCGAGGAUACAAGCACAAUGUUCAUUCCUAUGCUUCUAUGCUCAAUAUUUUAGUACGUAAUAAGCUUCUACGAGUUGCUGAUAAUGUUCGAAUAUCGAUGAUUAAAUCUUCUGAUACCGUUGAGGAUGUGAGAAAUAAAGAUGUAGAGGCUGCUUCUAACAUAUUCGAGCUUAUGCCACAUAAGGGCUGCCAAAGGAAUGAGGUUUCCUAUACUAAUCUCAUACACGGGUUUUGUGAGGUGGGGAAGAUCGAUGAGGCUCUCAAGUUGUUCUCUCAAAUGGGUGAGGAUAAUUGCUCUCCCACUGUUCGCACUUAUACAGUUCUUAUAUGUGCGUUGUGUCGGUUGGGCAGGAAAGCGGAGGCUUUUCUACUUUUUAAUGAAAUGAGUGAAAGAGGUUGUCAGCCUAAUGUUCAUACAUACACUGUACUUAUUGACUCUUUCUGUAAGGAAAGGAAUCUUGAUGACGCCAGGAAAUUGUUUGAUGAAAUGUUGAAGAAAGGUUUGGUUCCCGGUGUGGUCACAUAUAAUGCUUUAAUUGAUGGGUAUAGCAAAGAGGGUAUGAUUGAGGCUGCAUUAGAAAUUUUAUGUAUGAUGGAAUCAAAGAAGUGUACCCCUGAUGCUCGGACAUACAAUGAAUUGAUCUGUGGAUUUUGUAAAGCUAAAGGCCUGCACCGGGCAAUGUCACUAUUUGACAGAAUGCGUGAGCGCAAACUAUCUCCAACAAUUGUUACGUAUAACUCACUCAUUCAUGGGCAGUGCAGAGUAGGUCAGUUAGAUAAUGCUUAUAGGUUGCUUAAUUUGAUGGAGGAAAAUGGUUUAGUUCCUGAUGAGUGGACUUACAGUAUCUUCAUAGAUGUGAUGUGCAAAGUAGGGAGAGUGGAAGAAGCUCAUAAACUUAUGAAGUCUGUCAAGGAUAAAAAUCUAAAGGCAAAUGAAGUAAUAUUUACAGCUUUGAUUUAUGGGUAUUGCCAAGUUGGGAAGAUUGGUGAUGCAGUCUCUUUGUUUCAAGGAGUAAUCGCUGAGGAAUGUUUACCAAACUUCAUCACUUUCAAUGUCUUGAUAGAUAGCUUGUGUAAGGAGAAAAAAGUUCGUGAGGCCUUGGUCUUUGUUAAUAAAAUGUUAAAGAUGAAUUUGAAGCCCACAACUGAGACAUAUACAAGUCUGAUUGUGCAAAUGUUGAAAGAUGGUGACUUCAAUUAUGCUAAUAGGGUUUUUAACACAAUGAUAUCCUCUGGAUGUCAGCCUGAUGUAUAUACAUAUACAACGUUUGUGCAUGCAUUUUGUAAGCAAGGAAAGGUAAAUGAAGCUGAGAACAUGAUGGCUAAGAUGAAGGCAGAUGGAAUCAUUCCUGAUUCAUUGACUUACACAUUAUUAAUUGAUGCAUAUGGGCGCUUGCAAUUGAUUGAUUGUGCUUUUGGUGUUCUUAAGAGAAUGUUUGAUGAUCGUUGUGAGCCUUCUCAUCAUACAUAUGCCUUUUUGUUGAAGCAUCUGGCAAAGGAAAAGCAAAUGACGAAAGAUGGUUUCUUUGAACAAAGUGCACUUUCUUCAGGUGCUAGCUCAAUUGAUAUAGCUAUUUUAUGGAAGGUAACUGAUUUUGAUAUCAUAUCUCUACUGUUUGAGAAGAUGGUUGAACAUGGUUGUUCACCUAAUAUUAACACCUACAGCAAGCUAAUUAUAGGACUUUGCAAGGUAGGGCACUUGGAUUUAGCCAUGAGGUUGUUAAGUCUUUUACAAGAAGGUGGAAUGUUUCCCUCUGAAGAUAUUCAUAAUUCUCUUCUUAGUUGUUGCUGUGAGUUGAAAAUGUAUGAGGAUGCAAUGAGAAUAGUAGAUGACAUGGUUGAGGCUGGCCAUUUGGCACAUCUGGAUUCCUGCAAGGAGCUUAUUUGCGGGCUAUGUGAUGAAGGAAACAAAGAGAAGGUUGAAGCUGUAUUCUAUACUUUGCUCCAUUGUGAGUAUAAUCAUGAUGAAGUGGCUUGGAAAGUUCUUAUAGAUGGAUUAUUAGAUAGGGGCUAUUUUGACGAAUGUUUCAAACUUUUAACUCUUUUGGAGAAGAAAGGGUGCCAAUUGCAUCCUCAGACAUACACGCUUUUGAUAGAGAAACUUGAUAGGAAUGCAUGAGAUGAUUAUUGGUGGUAUUGUUUUAUAGCGGUCCUUUGCCAAUAUUUUGCACAUCAGCUGGGCUUGUAAAGAAUAUUUGCCAGGAUCUUUGGCAUUUAUUCUUAGAAUGGGUACACGUUCAACACUGAAAAUCUGAGCUUGCUGUGAAUGGAGGAGAAGGUUCAGGAAAUAUGCAAACAUAAGCUUUUUUGUAGCCAUUUGCAUCUGUAAUCUAACAGAGAACAAUUUGAAGAUUAG